AUGAGGAUCCUGGAACUUCCGUCCGCCGUGCUGCUGGCUAUCUUCACAUACACGAGGUCCUUUGUGGAGGCCACAGAUACACCGCCAUCGAGAGCAAAUGCCUCUGGUACUCCCACGAGCAGCAACAAUGAAUCCCUACCGUCCACUGGAACUGGAUCGAGUUACGCAUCUGCCUGUUUUUCAGCACAAGCGUCCUAUUCGUCUGCGUAUACUUCUUACGUCUCAGCGCACGCGACCAUCCAAACGUCAAUACAAACGCUGGGAGGCGUCGGGUUUACACGAGUGACCUACUACGAAAAUGCGACAACACUAUGCGAUGGCCAUCCUCGGGUGGCGUCUAGCCCAGCAAAAUCUCUAUCGACGGGCUGGGUAACGACUACAGCUCCCAUCGCUGGAACGACUACGGUCCUUGCAACCAUAUUCUCCGCCUAUCCCUCUCCAUCGCCGACUUGCAUAAUUUCCGCCGACGACUGUGAGCCACUGUUGAGCUCGUUCAGUAGCUCUGUCAGCGCUGGUCGAAACACGACUGCAAUUCCUAGUCCACCGUGCAGGGGAGUGGUAGCUUCCCAAUCCCUUGCCUCUGUCGAUUCUGCUCUGUUUGGGUGCGGGAAAUGUACGAUCUAUGGUGAAGGCGUCGAGCUGGUGUACUUCCCGACAAGUGCAUCGCGGAAUAUGUGUGCGAGUACGCCCACGGCGACUCUGACGCACUAUGGACCGAGUGCAGUCAUUACGGCCUACGCUGGGAAGUCGUUCGGUGCUGGCUCGGGCGCAGAUCCGCAGGGGAAGGAGACGGCUGUGGUUGAUGGACAUACCUUCACAUCGGGCACAGCGUAUAUCUCUAUCAGCAGGGUGUCUGCAGUGGAUCGUUGCUCUUCAACCUACGGCAGCAUUGUCAGCGACGCGAUUCUGGCCCUACCUUCUGAGAGCGUUCUCAGCCUGAGGUACUCUCAGGACCAUUUCCAGAGACUACUUGAGACGGACAAAAUCACGGGAUACCCAGUCUCGUAUGCGGACUUCAACACUCCUGUGCCAUGGUCUGCCUGGAAUGGAAUGGUAACGUGUGAUCCCUAUGGCUUUGGAGGACUCGCGUGCGACGUGAUCUAUGACGGCCAGUUCCGUCCACAACUCGCGAUUCCACCUCAGAUCACAGACCUUAGCCCGGACUUCAAGGGCUGUCAAAUGUUUUAUAACGGCUUGUGGGACCCGCCUCUGGCGUUACAGCCUGCAGAAUCCGCUGCUCUGGCCACACUUCCAGGAGGUGGAGAAAUCGUCUCGCCGACAUCGUCAGCACAGCCAGCGUCCACAGUAAAUAGCCCUCAGGUUGCUGCGACUGCUCUGCCAAAUCAACUUGGAUCUCCGACUAGCAAUGGAAAUGACAACGCGCUUCCUGGGCCAACACUGCCAGCAGCAACCCCAUCGGUCUAUAAGCCUGCAGCGGAGCCGUGGACCCACGAGAUCUCCAUCAACGGCAAGACAUGGACUGCGACUGGGACAAACGGCGAGGUGCACAUUAAUCAAACAACGCUGAAAGCUGGAGGCUCAGCGCAAGACAUUGAUGGCUACCAGGCUAGCUACGGUGCUAAUGGCCUCGUUAUCAAGGGAAGCAGCACUAUUCCUUUUGAUGCGCCGGAUGCGAACAACAGUGUCACUCCCGGCUCAAGCCGGACGAUCACUGCUGUUGUCCCCAUAGUUACCGUGGUGACUUACGGAACGCAGACAUUCACCGCUCUUCAAAGUGUUGAGGGCGGUCCCAUCGUCUACGGAUCGACUACGUUGACACCUGGUGGACCUGCCACUACUGCCACCAACGGCCAAGUCUUGAGCGCUGGGAAAUACGGCCUAGUUGUCAACUUUGCGACCACAGUCGAUCAAGCGGAUGCCACAAGUAAUGGCAACUCCAAUCCCGAUGUACUGACGUAUGGAGGGAAAUCGAUCACCGAGGACUCCUCCAAUGCCUUCAGCAUCGGCCCAAGUCAGGUUUUGACUCCAAACGGAGCACUCACCGUCUCCGGAACAACAAUGUCCCUCGACAAGAAUGGCGGCUACGUUGUCGUUAACGGCGUCACGCAGACUCUAGUGGGCUCAACCGGAACGUCAAGUGGAAGCGAUCAGUCCGGGGCAUCAAGAUCCUCCACCGGAGGAGGCGAAACGUCGUCUACAGCUCCGACAGCAACAGGAUCCGCAGCGGCGAUGUCUUCUUCGCAGGCUUUGAGUUUCUUUGUUGCGCUUGUGGCUGUUGCGUUGCUUGGCACUUGA